UAUUAGCACUUUUGAGUUUAGUAAAAAUGCAAAUGGCGCGUUGUAAAACGAGAAUUCUGUUUGCUUUGAUCAGUGUUUCUGUGUUACUGUGCGGUGUGAAGCCAGAUCUCGCACCUAAAAUGACAUCUAAGCCCUUACAUCCCGACUAUCAAUAUCCAAUAUCGUACAAAGACCAUGUCUACACCUCUCUGAGUGACAACGCUCGUGAUUUAUUUUUCGCUGUGAAUAUACAUCCUUCGUGCGUCGCAAAGAAAGGACAAUGCAUACCACGAGGGCGAUGUAUUGAGAAGAAAAUGUUAUACAUAUCACGUAUUUGUUAUGCCUUGGAUCGUGUUUGUUGUUACUCAGACUAUGUUAAAGAACCUCAAGUGGAACACGUCACUAAGUAUCCUCCACCUACUAUAAUACCUAAUACCGAAUCUAUAUAAGAUUGUAUUAUUACUGUUUUAAUUGAUGUAAUAAGUUUUAUAGAGUGAAUAAAUAAAAUAAAA